AUGGAAUCCGCAGGAGAACCAUACACGGCCCAUGCCCGGCGCGAAGACGUCGGUAUAAUCCUCAGCCUCAUUCAAGAACUCGCCGACUACGAGCACGAGUCCGACAGCGUCCUCGCCACCGAAGAGACGCUCCUCAACACCAUCGCCUGGGCGCCAUCGGGCGAAGUUACCAAGGGCCAGUCGACGGCAAUCCUGCCCGAGACGGAGCCGGUGACCCCCGCGCGGCCGGCGAGAUGCAUCCUCGUGUACAGCCCCGAGGGCGUCGCCAUGGGCAUGGCGUUGUAUUUCUACAACUACAGCACGUGGAGGUCGAAACCAGGCAUUUACCUCGAGGACCUGUAUGUGAGGCUGUCGGAGAGGAAGAAGGGGUAUGGAUCGAUUCUGCUCAAGCGCUUGGCGAAGGAGGUCGUGGCUAUGAACGGAGGGAGGUUGGAGUGGAGCGUCCUCAAGUGGAACGAGCCUAGCAUCAAGUUUUAUGAGUCGAUUGGGGCUAAGAGGAUGGAUGAAUGGGUUGGUAUGCGAGUGGACGGAGAUGCGCUGGUCAAGUUGGCGGAAUAG